AUGUCGCCCAAGCCUCGGCAGCAAAUCCCGUCCUCGGAGCAGCUUCUUCCGCAGCUCGGAGAUCGUGUGCUGCGCUUUCAGCGCCAUUGGCUGGAUUUGGUGCUGGCGGGCACGAAGACUGCGGAAAUUCGGCGUGAUCGCACUAGCUCGGGAUGUGCGUGGAUGGGCUGCAGCGGUCGUGUUUGGGGUCGCAUUCACAUUGGGGACGCUGCGCGGCUCUCAUCCCUGGAGGAGCUUCGUGCCACGCAUGGUCAACAUCGCGUGGAAGCCACCGAGCUGCCCUACGGAGCGCGAACGUACCUCUGGCCUCUGUCUGGACUUUACAUUCUGCCCGAGCCUGUCCCGUUCUACAAUCGCCCUGGACCUGUCACGUGGCUACCCUUUGUGCCUCCACUGCAGGAUGUGCACGCUGGGUCCGGACCUGCUGCUGCUGGCCGUUGUCAGUCCGAAGCUGCCUCCGCCCCCAGCGAGCCCCGCCGUCUCCGAUCCCGCUCGGCGCCUGCUCCUCGUCAAUUUCCGCGCGGGGGCUCCUGUAUGACUUGA